AUGAGAGCAACCGUCUUCGCUCUGGCGGCCUUGUGCGGACCAGUCGUGUUGGCUGUUCCCCAUGGAGGCAAUCAUCGACAUCAGCAUGCUGCACGCCACCAGGUUGAGACUGACUUCGCGACGGUCACUGACGUCGUGACUGUCACUGCCAACAAUGCUGUCGUCUGGGUUGACCAGUACAAUAACAUCCUUUCUACCGAAUAUCGUGAUCACCCAACUCCUACCAUUGCCGCAUCGCAUUCCGCUGCAACUCCUGUGGUCGUGCCAAAUGCAUAUGCUCCGGCCCCAGUGUCAGCUCCUCCUCCCCGAUUCGAAUCAGCCUCCCCUGCGUCUGAAUCCCCUGCAUCUCCGCCAGUCCCCACUCCCGAGCCUGCGCCAAUUGUUUCCGCUUCUCCUCUUUCCGAGGUCUCCUAUACUUCUCCUCCACCGGUCGCCAGUGCGGCUCAGCCUUCAACCACAUCUGAUAGCAUUUCCGCUCAAGGAAGCACUGCUGCAGCUGGGAACUACGGAAACUCCAACAAAGGUGUCAAGGAUGGAGCCAGUGCCGGUGCCAACGCCGCUGCUAGUGGGUUUGGCAUCUGCUACGAACUCAUUGGCAGCAGUGGUUGCAAAGAUCAAGGCACCAUGGAUUCCGAAUUUGGUUUCUUGGCCAGCCAAGGGUACACCAAAAUCCGUUUCUACGACAUUGGCUGUGACCUUGGUGUGGCCACAGCUGCUGCCGCUGCUCAAGGCUUGCAAGUCAUGCUGGGUCUUAACACUAUCGGCAACGUGGCUGGUGACUUGGGCACGCUUGUUGGUAUGAUCAAUGGAAACUGGGGCCCGGUGAACACUGUCGUCAUUGGUAACGAAGUUGUUAAUUCAGGUGGUUCGGCUGCCGAUGUUGUCGCUGCGGUCGCCGUGGCUCGUCCUAUCCUGCAAGCUGCUGGGUUCACCAAGAACGUUGUCACCGUGGACACCUUCACUGCACACCAAAACAAUCCUCAACUCUGCCAAGCAUCGGACUUUUGCGCCGUCAACGCUCAUGCCUUUUUCGAUCCUAACACACCAGCCAGUAACGCAGGCACCUUCGUUGAGGGUGUGAUUGCCCCGAUCGCUCAGAAGGCAAAUGGCAAACAAGUCAUCGUCACUGAGUCCGGCUGGCCAUAUCAAGGAUCGCCCAACGGCCAGGCUAUCCCGUCCCCUGCCAACCAGCAGACUGCGAUCAAUUCUUUGAUGAGUGCCUUCAGUUCAAACCCCGGCGGCCUGUUUCUCUUCCAAGCCUACGAUGCAACCUACAAGGCUCCUGGAGCUUUUGGGGUUGAGCAGUUCUUUGGCAUUUAUGGCCAUUGA